AUGCCAUCCAGCAACAGCACUACAUCUUCUGGCAUAAUCACUAAUGCCACUACCGGCGAGCGGCAUGUCCCUGCUUCUGUUCGAGCUGAUGGGUCUGUCCGACGUGAGAUCCGCAUUCGCCCCGGCUACCGCCCUCCUGAAGACGUCGAACUCUACAAGAACAGGGCUGCAGAGUCAUGGAAACAUCGCGAAAAAGGUGGGAUUCCGGGAGCUGAAGGGUUGAAUGACAAUGAGUCAAAACUACCGACACCCGCGAGUACGAAGAAUGCGAAAAAGCGUGAGGCAAAAAAGCGAGCAAAAGCCGCUAAUGAUUCCAGUGACAAAGCAGCCGACAAGGAGACAUUGAGUGGUGAUGUUAUGAACCAGACACCUUCGCGCCCUGGCAAACAAGGAGAACAAGAAGCGGAAGUCCCCCCUGAUCCAGAACUUGAGAAGGAAAAGAAAGCUCGAAAUUUGAAGAAAAAACUGAAACAGGCUCGUGAGCUACGUGACAAAAAAGAUAAAGGAGAGAGCCUACUUCCCGAGCAGUUUGAAAAAGUUAUUAAAAUCAACGAGCUGAUUCGCCAACUGAACGCUCUCGGCUUUGAUUCAGAAGGGGACAAGUUGACGACAAACUUACCUACCGAUUCAAUAGAAAUAAAUGGAAGAUGA